AUGCUCCUUACAGAAGGCUGGGGUUCAGUGUGUGACGCUGCCUUUGACCAGCAGGAUGCAGAGGUUGUGUGUAGAGAGCUGGACUGUGGGGCUCCUGUACAGGUGCUGGGAGCAGCUGCUUUUGACAAAGGAGAUGCUCAGAUGUGGACACAGGAGAUUCAGUGCAGAGGAAAUGAAUCUCAGAUUCACCUCUGUCCAACAUCAUCAUCAAAUGAAAGCAGCUGUUCUCAUGAUAAUGAUGUGGGAGUCAUAUGUUCUGGUUACACAGCUCUCAGACUGAUAGAUGGUUCAGACCCUUGUUCUGGAAGAGUGGAGCUUCAGUAUCUACAUGAGUGGGGCACAGUGUGUGAUGCAUGCUGGGAUAUGAGAGCUGCCAGUGUCCUCUGUAGACAGCUGAAUUGUGGGAUUGCUGUGUCUGUUGUGGGAUCAGACUGGUUUGGAGAGGGAAGUGGUGAAAUCUGGGCUGAUGUGUUUGAUUGUGACGGGAAUGAAACAAAACUCUCAGAAUGUUCCAUCUCUUCAUGGAGUCGAGCUGAAUGUUCUCAUAGACGAGAUGUUGGAGUCAUCUGCUCUGCUCUCUCUAAGAGGAGACACAGGAUGAUGACUGAGGCCGUUUAUGAGGAGAUUCAGCACAGACACAAUCACUUCACUCAGAGGGGGAGUCUCAUCUCUGAAGAACUGCAUUCUGGGUAUGAAGAUGCUGAUGAGCUUCUCUCAGCAGAAGAGUUCAAGACUGCAUAUUAUGAUGAUGUCACCAAUGACAGUGGCCUAAAAGAAGAGAUGGUGAAGGAAAUCACAGCGGGAUACUAUGAUGAUGUCAUCACUGAUGGACUGAAACCAGAUCGUGAGACAGAAGACACACCUGAGAGCUAUGAUGAUGUCAUGACGAGCGGACAGAACUCUGAUAUCAAAAAAGUGAACACACCAGACAAUUAUGAUGAUGCCAUCAUUACUAGACCGAGCUCUCAAGGUGUAACAGAGGGAGUUCAGGAGGAGUAUGAUGAUGUGACGAGUGUCAGUGAAGAUGUGAGAAACCUGUUGGAUUAUGAUGAUGUGGAGGAGGAGUUAAAUAAAGACUUUGGCUCAAUGAUCACACCCACUGCCUCAUUUCAACAAAUCUGAACAAAGUUUGAGUGAUAUUGUUAUUGUUUUGUCAAAUCUCAGGUUUUUAUAUAUUUCCCCAUUUUUUGUAUUAAAACUGUUAAGCCUUUUAUAAGAUUUUGUUGUAUUGUUUUUGACCUUGUUAAUAGCAAUAAAAAAGCAGACAAAUUUAA